AGUGGUUGACAGAUGAGUAAUAUUUCUCCCACUCCAAAAAAAAAGAUCAUAUGGAUACAUUUAUUUCUAUAAUCAUCAGUUAAUGAGUAGUUUUUUUAUUCCUAUAAUUUGUGAGUUUUAGUUUUCAUAAGAUAAUCAUUCCUUGGAUAACCAAUAGUCAGUGUUAAAUUUACAUGAAAAAGUAUAAGAUCAGCAAACAAACCUAACCCCGAAUCCCCUAAACGGAGAAAGUUCCUCAAAGUGUAUACUUGUGUUCAUUGGAACAGUCGAGCAGUUUGAAGUAUUGUAGCUUACUGAUAGCAACGGCGUCUCAUAGCUUUGCUGAUAAAGAAUAUAAUAAUAUUUACUUAAAGUUGAAAAUAUUUGUAUUUGUAUUGUUCUACAAUAUUAGCAGUAUUAUAAAUACAACCUACAAUGUCCAACGAAAGUGUAAAAACGUUUGCAAAUUUAGAAAUUCCUGGAUAUGUAGGAUUUGCAAAUCUACCUAACCAAGUCCAUAGAAAGUCUGUAAAAAAGGGAUUCGAAUUUACUUUAAUGGUUGUGGGUGAGUCAGGUUUAGGAAAAUCAACAUUAGUGGAUAGUCUUUUUUUAACAGACUUAUAUCCUGAAAGAGUGAUACCAAAUGCCAUUGAGAAAACUAAUCAAAUAGUAAAACUUGAUGCUUCCACUGUUGAAAUUGAAGAGAGAGGUGUGAAACUUCGAUUAACAGUUGUUGACACACCUGGUUAUGGAGAUGCUAUUAACAACACUGAUAGUUUUAGAGCAAUUAUUCAAUACAUUGAUGAUCAAUUUGAAAGAUUUUUAAGAGAUGAAAGUGGAUUAAAUCGGAGAAAUAUUGUGGACAAUAGAAUUCAUUGUUGUUUCUAUUUUAUAUCUCCAUUUGGCCAUGGACUGAAGCCUUUGGAUAUAGAAUUUAUGAAACAACUCCAUAAUAAAGUAAAUAUUGUGCCAGUAAUAGCAAAAGCUGAUGUGCUUACCAAAAAAGAAGUAUUGCGUUUGAAGAAACGUGUAAUGGAGGAAAUUGAAGAGAAUGGAAUUAAAAUUUAUCCUCUUCCCGAUUGCGAUAGUGAUGAAGAUGAAGAUUACAAAGAACAAGUGCGACAAUUAAAAGAGGCUGUUCCCUUUGCAGUGUGUGGAGCUAAUACAAUGCUUGAAGUAAAGGGGAGAAAAGUUCGAGGACGUUUGUAUCCUUGGGGAGUAGUAGAAGUUGAAAACCCAGACCACUGUGAUUUCAUUAAACUGAGAACUAUGCUCAUUACACACAUGCAAGAUUUGCAGGAAGUUACGCAGGAAGUUCAUUAUGAAAACUACCGAAGUGAGAGAUUGGCUAAAGGAGCACCUGUUCCACCUCGAAGACAAACAGUUAUCGAAACAGAUAAAUCAACGGGUUCAGAAAAAGAUCGCAUGCUUCAAGAGAAAGAAGCAGAAUUACGUCGUAUGCAAGAAAUGCUCGCUCAAAUGCAAGCACAAAUGCAACAACAACAGCCAUAACAUUAUUAUUACGACAUGAUCGUGAAAUAAAUGUAAUACUGAAUUUUUUUUUUAAUUAGGUGCCACAAUUAUCAGAUAGCUAAAAUCCAUAAAUCCAUAACAUAAUGGCAUCAAUUUUGUCAUUAUAUUUUUUUAAAUUUAUGUUAAGAAUAAGGUCAAAUGUUUUACACUUUUAUAAAGUAUUUAUCUUUAAUAAUUUUUUUAUAAAAUGAACGUUACAAUUGCAGUAUUUUUUUAAAUAUUACAAUAGAACUAUUUUGGAAUUUAAUCAAAAGAGUUGAUCUGCGUAAUUUAAUACUUGAUGACAUUAUUGCACAAUAUCUUUUUUGCCGAAAUUAAUUGCUCAU